CCCAAACACACACACAAGCCUCUGGCUGUCCUGACAAUGUCCUCGACGUCGUCGCAGUCCUCCGAUGGAAACGAGACUGUUGGCGAAAUGUUUUCGGAAGCGGAUACGGCGGAAGUGCGGCAUGUUGUUCAACGCAUUUUGGUGCCGUGCGUUUUUGUUAUUGGACUAUUGGGAAAUUCAGUGAGCAUUUAUGUUUUGACGCGGAAGCGAAUGCGGUGCACCACAAACAUAUAUCUCACGGCACUGGCCAUCACGGACAUUGCCUACCUCACCUUCCAGUUGAUCCUUUCACUGCAGCACUACGACUAUGUGAAAUAUCAUUGUGAAAUCUAUUGGCAACUCUACGGGAUCUUUGUGUGGCUCUGCGAUAGUUCUGGUUACAUCUCGAUUUACAUAGCCGUGUGCUUCACCAUCGAGCGAUUCAUAGCGAUACGCUAUCCGCUCAAGAGACAAACAUUCUGCACCGAGUCGCUGGCCAAGAAGGUGAUAGCAGCCGUGUCCCUGUUCUGUUUGCUCUCUACGCUCUCAACGGCAUUCGAGCACACAAUUAAGGUCGACUGGAAGCUGAUUGAUGGCGCCUACCAGCCCUGCAACCAAACUCUGGCCAAUGUCUCGCCCACGCCACCAUCAACGUCCCUCACGCCGGCAUUGUCCACGCCCCCAUUGGUGACGCCGGCGACGAUUUGGCAGGAACAGGAGCAAGAGCGUGAGUCCUUGCAGGACUUCUUCACCACGGAGUCGUCGAGCGUCAAAAGCUCGAGACUGUUGCUUGACUUUGGCAGUGGCAGCGGUGAUGGAGAGCCAGUGAACAUUCCACGUCUUCGCCGACACUGGCAGUCAUCUGGAUUUGUGACGCCGCCAACUCUGAGGAGAACGCUUCAGGACCAAGAUCGUGUGCUGGAAAAUCGGGGGAAAAUUGGACAGAAACAGGAGAUGGUACAGGUCACCACCGAGAGUUUGCUACAGUUGUUACGUCGCAAACGGAGCACGGACCACAACAUCACGGAUGCAUUCGCAUUUAAUGUAACGGAAUACUGUCAAAAUAUGACUCUUUAUAAUCAUGGCUUAUCGGAACUGGGCAUGAAUGAACUAUAUGGAAAUAUUUGGAAUGUAUUUACAUUGCUGGUCUUUGUGGUAUUACCUUUGCUUCUUUUGGUUACCUUUAAUAGCUUUUUGAUACUUUUGGUUCAUCGUUCGAAAAGCCUAAGAGGAGAUUUGACAAAUGCCAGCAGUAUUCGGCGCACAAAACGCAAAUCAAGCUCUGGUAUAAAGGGCAGUGUCUCCCAGGAGAAUCGUGUGACCAUUACACUUAUUGCCGUCGUUCUGAUGUUCAUUGUGUGCCAACUACCUUGGGCUAUUUACCUGAUAUUGAACACUUAUAUGGAUAUUCAGGUGGGCACUCAAUUGGUGGCCGGAAAUGUAUUCAAUUUGCUGGCCGCCCUCAAUGCUGCCUCGAAUUUUUUCUUAUAUUGCGUGCUGUCGGACAAGUAUCGGAAGACAGUACGGGAAUUGAUCACAGGAUACCGAUACAGACGUCGACAUGCUAGGAAUAAUACAAGUCUUUAUGUGCCGCAUACAACAACCACAUUGAGUCACAUUAAUGGUCAUGAUCAUUACGGCGGAACCGGAAGUCGUCGAAGUCGUAAUAAUAAUAAAUCCAUGGCUACGGGUCGCCUGAUAGCGUGAUUUAUUUGGAUUUAUAUAUAUUUAUAUUAUUUAUCGGCUGAAUUCCCAAUGGGGAGAAUGUGUGGAAGAACCACAGGAGAAUAACCAGGAGAAUUCUAGGAAGAAGUCCAGAGAAUUAAGAAGCCCGUAAUCACCAAAAGAAAAAGUGAUUUUUACUCCUGAGUGUUUAAAAGAAAAACUUCAUUUGAUGUACGGCUCAAAGGGAAAUUAGAAGAAAUAUUCUUAAACUAUGUCUUUGAAGAGUAUUUAAUAGAGAGCUUGACUUGACUUUAAAUACAAGAAAAUUAAUCAAAAUAAUGAACU